UCUUCAAGUUUAGGAUCUUGAGCAACUUGAUGCUAGGAUUAGGUUAACAUUAUGCCACUUGGAAAUGAUUUUUCCACCUCGGUUUUUCACUGUAAUGGUUCAUUUGGUUAUUCACUUGGCGAGUGAGGCUAGAAUUGCAGGACCGGUUCAUUAUAGAUGGAUGUAUCCAAUUGAAAGGUAUCUUUCGACUUUGAAGUCUUUUGUACGUAAUCGAGCACAUCCAGAGGGUUCUAUUGCAGAAGCUUACUUAGCGCAAGAGUGCAUGACUUUUUGUUCUCGGUAUAUAAAAGCAUUCAUGGCCAAGCGUCAACGUUUACGUAUUGUUCAAAGUCGAGCCGAGUAUCAAGAAGAGCAACGACAAAGUACGCAAUCUCAGCCACAAUCGCAACAAAACCUACAACAUGAUUUCAAUAUGCAAGUUGAAGAACAUGUUCAUUUAGAUCAGGAAAAUACAGGUCAUGAAGAAAUUGAGACGGUAACUGUUGAAGAUGAAACUGGACGAAGAACUCGUGGAAAAACCCUUUUGGCUGAUCUAUGGGUUCUACCGCCUAGUCAUCGAGUUGUUGUGGAUUGUAAUACUUAUGGACAACCAAUUGGAAAUGAAAGAGGACUGUUAGGCCAAUUUCUGGGUACUAUAGCAAGGAACGGUGGGCUAUGUUCUUUGAGUCAUAAGGAUUGGAGAUAUGUGAAGAAGGAAAAGAAACUAGAUAUUCUAAAUCAAGUGAAGAAAAAGUUUCUCUACCACCAAAGUUGUGAGAAGUGGAUUUUCAAGUCGGCGGGAAGAAAAUGGAAGGACUACAAGUGCAGUUUAAAGGCUAGGUAUUUUGAUGACCUUGCAAGUCUUGAUGAAAUGUACAAAAAAGUUCUAGAAGAUAUAGUGCGAGAUCAAUGGAUUUCUCUUGUAAACUUUUGGAAAACUGAAACAGCCAAGCUUCGAAGUGAGAAAAACAAAAGAAGUCGUACAUUGCAAGAAACAACACAUACUGCAGGGACAAAAAGUUUUGCACGAGUUGCUGCCGAGAUGAAGCAAAAACAUCUGGAGAGGAAAGAGUCAACACGUUCUGAAGUCUAUCUCAAAACUCAUAAGUACAAGAAUGGAGAUUUUGUGAAUGAUAAGUUAGCCGCUGAUCUACAAUCUAAGAUUAUAGAAAAUCAAGAAUCCUCGAACUCGCAUGGACGUGUAGCAUGGGAGGGUGAUGCAUAUUCUGAUGUGAUAGGAAAAGAUAAGUAUGGAUAUAUGCGUGGUGUGGGAUUAGCUCCCUCACCAUCUGAGCUACUAAAGCCAAUGAUUUCUUCUCGCUUUGAUGGCAUACAAAUAACAACAUUGGAUGAGACUAUCUGAAAGAAACAUGCGUCAAAUGAAAGAGGAAAUUGAGAAAUUGCAACAACAAUUGUGAAACCAAAAUGAAACUAUUGUGGAAUUGAAAAACAAAAUGCAGGACUUGGAGCCUAAUGGUCAAUUUAGACAGGUGCUGUUAUAUAUUUAGUUUACUCUAUGUCAUAGUUAAUUA